GAUGGAAUACAUUGGGAUACACACAGGAUAGGAUGGGCAGUAGCAGGAGGUUGUGCGGCUCUGACAACCGUGAUAACCCUCUUCACACUGACGAUGCAUGCAACGCAUUAUCAACAACCGGCGGCACAACGGCAAGUCAUGCGUGUACUCUUGAUGCCUUGCGUAUAUUCCGUGGUCUCAUUCUUUUCUUAUCGAUAUUAUCAAAGUUACGAAUACUACGUUUUAGCCGAGACGGCAUACGAAGCUAUCACCCUCUCGGCUUUCUUGAUGCUCCUCAUGGAAUUAGUAUCGCUCAGUACGACGGAGAAAGAUAUACGAGUCGCCUUAUAUGAGAAAGAUAAACGUAAUCUACCACCUAACGAUCAGUUCAAUUGUUUCCGAUUUCGAGCUUCAAAACCCUACUUCAUGCACACGCUAUCGUUUAGUGUGAUGCAGUACGUAGUCAUCAGACCCGCUAUCUCCAUCAUUGGAAUAGUCUGUGAAUACUACAAUGUGCUUUGCCCACAGAAAUAUUCCAUCCAUUUCGCAGAGGUCUAUCUCGAUUCUGUCGAUUUCGUUUCAAUCUCUUUCGCCCUUUACGGUCUCAUCGUAUUCUACGUAUUGUGCAAGGACGAACUCAAAGGUCGUCGUCCGUUGAAUAAGUUCUUAGCUAUCAAGCUUAUCGUCUUUUUCACCUUCUAUCAAAGCUUCAUCUUUUCUAUCUUACAGAAUUACAACGUUAUCAAAGGAACGACCUUUUGGACGGCCGAUAAUGUCUCUGACGGUUUAUCUGCUUUAUGUACGACUGUAGAAAUGGUUUUCUUCAGUAUUUACAUGGGUUGGGCUUAUUCGUGGACGGAUUAUACCAGUACAAAGAUGAACCCUUAUCAGCGAAAGACUGGCGUAGCUACAUACUUUCAAGCGAUAUGGGACACGAUCAAUCUGUCAGAUUUCGCUUUGGAAUUAUAUCGAGCUUGUAAAUUCUUCAUCGAUUAUCUACGUGGUAAACCUGGUACACAUGGUGCGCCUACGAUGAUGCAGAAGACGUGA